AUGAACGAUAAAUCUGUCACCAUAGAAUGUUUGGCUUACGGAAAGCCACUCGUCAGGUACUCAUGGAAAAAAGACUCCAAACUGUUAAAAACUCCUGAAAUAGAUAACCUAUACUUUAAACUUCUAAUACCUUCCAACCAUAAACCAAAAGACAAGAUAAAUGAUACAAAAAAUGUAACCAAUCCAACCAAAAUUGACAAUAAACUUAACGAAGAACUUGAGAAUAAUAGAAAAUUUGUUGAUUCAAAAAACAUUCUAGACCAAAAAAACAACAUCAACAACAAUACCAAAAAAUUUGGAUUUGGUAAUAACAACAACAGCACCAUUUUUAGCAAAAUCGGUAAUAUUAAUAACGACAAUAUAAAAGAUAGCAACAGCGUUUAUAACAACAACAACAACGAUAGACCUGUUAAUAACGACUACCACCACAACAUCCACAACGACAACAGCAGCAGCAGCUACUACAACAACUACAACACAAGUUUUUACCCUGGCUCCCUCAUUAUUACUGACCCAACCAUUGAACAUGAGGAUCAAAACACCUUCCCAAUUACCCGCGACCCCAGAAUUCACUACCCCCUCUUACACCGUCCAUUUACCAUCAAGUGCAGACUCCCAUCUGGCUACCCCACAAAUUUUGAGGUCUUCUGGGGAAAGUCGACAGAUGGCGGGGAGGUAAGAAGGGUGGAAGAAAAUGACAGACUAGCUGUGGAUCGGAACGGAGGCUAUGGACAUUCAGAGCCUGGGAUGGGGUCAAAAAAGUAUGAGUACCCUGAUUCGGCAAGACCAAUUAGGAACUAA